UAUAAAUAUAAUAGAAACAAAUUUAAAAGACACGUUUUGACAACGUUUUAUACAACGCGAGUAAUAGGCGCAUGCGCACAUGUCUGUCCAAGUUGACUUCCGUUUCGUAGUACCUUCCUUUUCUUUCUAAACGUUCAAGAUGGUAAACGUUCCGAAGCAAAGACGUACUUUUUGCAAGAAAUGCAAGGUACACAAGCCGCAUAAGGUGACACAAUAUAAAAAAAGCAAAGAAAGGCAUGCGUCACAAGGUAGAAGACGUUAUGACCGUAAACAACAAGGUUUUGGUGGUCAAACGAAACCUAUAUUCAGAAAGAAGGCUAAAACUACCAAGAAAAUAGUGUUAAGAAUGGAAUGUACAGAGUGUAAGUACAGAAAACAAAUUCCUCUUAAAAGAUGCAAGCACUUCGAACUAGGUGGUGACAAGAAGCGAAAGGGACAAAUGAUUCAGUUCUAAAUGAUUUAUUUUAUGCUAUGUUCUGUAUAUUUAAUAAGAAAUAAAAUAAAUCUUCAGAAUUUUUA